AUGCAAGCGGAGGCGGCGGGUUGACUGCCCAGCAUGCCCUUCCAGAAGCACGUGUACUACCCGCUCGCCAGCGGCCCCGACGGUCCCGACGCCCCUGCAGCCGCCGCGGGGGGCGCGGCCGCCCUGGCCUGUGCCCCGCCCGGCGUGGCUUCGGGCCCCGUGCCCUUCUUCCAGUUCCGGCCGCGGCUGGAGAACGUGGACUGGCGGCGGCUGAGCGCCAUCGACGUGGAUAAGGUGGCGGGGGCCGUGGACGUGCUGACGCUGCAGGAGAACAUCAUGAACAUCACCUUCUGCAAGCUGGAGGACGAGAAGUGCCCCAAAUGCCAGUCGGGGUUGGACCCGGUGCUGCUGAAGCUCAUCCGCCUGGCGCAGCUGACCAUCGAGUACCUGCUGCACUCGCAGGAGUUCCUCAGCUCGCAGCUGCACAGCCUGGAGGAGCGGCUGCGCCUGAGCCUCGGCGACUGCGAGCAGAGCAAGAAGCUGCUCAGCAAGCAGGCGGGGGAGAUGAAGCUGCUCAAGGAGGAGUGUAAGCGCAGGAAGAGGAUGAUCUCCACCCAGCAGCUCAUGAUGGAGGCCAAGGCCAGCUAUUACCAGUGCCAUUUUUGUGACAAGGCCUUCAUGAACCAAGCUUUCCUACAAAGUCACAUUCAACGCCGCCACGCUGAAGAUUCUCACCUUGAGUACAAGAACAAGGCACAGACCGAUAAGCUCCAGAAUGAGAUUGACAUGCUGAAGGAACAGCUGCAGCUUACCAGGUCUCAGUUAGAGGCUGCACAGCACGCCAAUGCAGUCAGAUUGUCGAAGGAAUAUGAAAUGCAGAAAACAAAAGAGGAAGAAUUUCUGAAGUUAUUUGAUAGAUGGAAAAAAGAAGAAAAGGAGAAACUAGUUGAUGAAAUGGAAAAAGUCAAGGAAAUGUUUAUGAAGGAAUUUAAAGAAUUAACUUCCAAGAAUUCAGCGUUAGAAUAUCAAUUAUCAGAAAUCCAGAAGUCCAACAUGCAGGUUAAGUCUAACAUAGGCACGUUAAAAGAUGCACAUGAGUAUAAAGAAGACCGUCCUCCAUAUCCCCAGGAUUUCCAGAAUAUGAUGCAACUUCUUGAUAGUCAGGAAAGCAAGUGGACAGCUCGAGUUCAAGCUCUUCAUCAAGAACACAAGAAAGAGAAGGAUCGGCUCCUGUCACAUAUAGAGAAACUUCGAACCUCAGUGAUAGAUAAUCUAAGUACAAGUAAUGUUUUCUACCAGAAAAGUAUAGAAGAGCUAGGGCAGAAACUCCAGGAGCAGAAUGAGCUGAUUAUUACUCAGAGACACCAGAUUAAAGAGUUCACCAGUAAACCAUUAAACAGUGUCAGUGAACCCAGAGGUAAUCCUUCAAUCUGGCAAACUUUUGAAUCUAAGCCAACUGCCCCAGCUGUACCUAUGAAUGCCCCAGCCCCACAGACUUUGGAAACUAAAUCAAGUCUAACAAUGGCACACGAACAGGCAUUCUCGUCGCACCUACUGGAACCAAUAGAAGAACUUUCAGAGGAAGAAAAAGGAAGGGAAAAUGAACAGAAAUUACAUAAUAGCAAGAUGAAUCUAAGGAAAGCUUUGAAGAGUAACCCCUCCCUCAUUAAAGAAAUAAGAACAGUCUUGGAGCAGAGCUUGGUGGAGAAACUGGAAACCUUGGGAAUUAAUGCAGAUGUACGCGGUAUUCCAAGUGAUCACUUGAGUAGAGUGCUGAGAACUGUGGAAUCAGCAAGACACGAGCGAGAACAACAAAUACCUAACAUUCAGCAGAUUCGAGAAUUACUAGAACAUCAGGUCAGCUGUAAAAUGGAGGAGAGAGCAUUACUCUCUUCAGAUAAGUUCAGUGUUUCUCAGAUGGAUGCUCUUUCAACUGGAGAAGUACCCAAAGCGAUACAAAUUCCUCGCAAGAGCAGACAAUUGAUUAGACAAAGACCCGUCUUUACUGAUAGGACAUCUGUUCCAAAAAUUAAGAAAAAUAUCACAGAAGAUCAUUUUCCCAGAAAGUCUUCAAGUAUUACGACCCCUCCCUUCAGUUCAGAGGAGGAGCCGGACGAGGACAACCUCACCCGGGUAUAUGCGUCCCCAGACCCGGUCCCCGCGCACUCCUCUAAAAGCAGCAAGAGCAGCUUCGGGAAGAGCGCCCUCAAAAGUGACAUGGACUGGACAGAGGGAAGUGAAAUGGAGGACUCCUCCGAUGUUUCUCCCAAGCCCACAGGAACCUCCAUAAAAACACUAACUGAAAAAGUUGAAAAGAUGGUUUCACAUCACAGAAAUGUGAAUAAACCAGUUGGUGGGAUUAAUGUUGCUGAGAUGUUUAUCAAAAAGGAAGAAUUACAGGAAGAACAAAAGCACACAGAUGUGGAUGAUGAUGACUGGGACAUAUCAUCCUUGGAGGAAGAAAAAUCUUUGGGGGAAAAAACUGGGAAAGAACAGAGAGAACCUCCACCUGUGAAGAAUGAAUCAAAAUCUAUGCAAGUGCCAAGUGCCUGGGGCGCAUUUAAUCCUAAAGGGCCAAAGGGAGAAGGACUUCAAGAAAACGAAUCAAACACAUUGAAAAGCAGCUUAGUAACUGUGACUGAUUGGAGUGACUCUUCAGAUAUAUAAUUCCACUCGUCAGAAGGUUCUUCCAGAAGCCAGCAGUAUUUCAGUAACCUGCCUACAUGGUUCUCAUGCUCCUGCCUUACAGUAUUUCUUACAACAACAAGGAAGCUGAUUCAAAGAACAAGGGUCUCUUUAAAG